CCCCACUCUCUCUCUCGGUCGGUUUUCCUGCCGGGCUGCUGCUGCUUUGCGCGCUGCGGGGCCACACUGCGACCGCACCGAGGAGGAACAGGAGAAAGCCGCGGACCGAACGGGGGGCCAGCCUGAGCCAGAGCGGCGGGAGAGGCACGAUUCCUUUUUUUAAAAAAAGAAGAAGAAAGAGCAGAGGAGGAGGGUUUACCGCCGCGCGGAGAACAGAAACCUCCGAAGAAGCAGCAGCAGAAGGCGGAGACGCGUCACAGCGCCGUUCCUCCCUCCAUCGCUCCGGAUCCGUUCAUCCAGAGACAGAACCGACAGGAGCACCGACACAACGAAAAGAAUCUGUUGGGGAAUCUCGGAGCGCAAAACGACGAACGACGCGGUGUUGGAAACCUCCCCCCCUCCCCCCCCCGGACCAGGGCCGAUUCUCCGUUUUCUAGCAGCUCGCGGACACCAUGAAGGACCGUACGGCGGAACUGCGAAGCGCUAAGGACAGCGAUGAUGAUGAAGAGGUGGUGCAGGUCGACAGGGACCACUUCAUGGAUGAGUUCUUUGAACAGGUUGAAGAGAUCAGAGGCUGUAUAGAAAAGCUGUCAGAGGAUGUGGAGCAGGUCAAGAAGCAGCACAGCGCCAUCCUGGCCGCACCUAACCCUGACGAAAAGACCAAGCAGGAGUUGGAGGACCUCACAGCUGACAUCAAGAAGACAGCCAAUAAAGUUCGCUCAAAAUUAAAAGCAAUUGAGCAGAGCAUCGAGCAGGAGGAGGGUCUCAACAGAUCAUCAGCGGACCUCAGGAUCCGCAAGACACAGCACUCGACGCUGUCACGUAAGUUUGUGGAGGUGAUGACUGAGUACAACACCACGCAGUCCAAGUACCGUGACCGCUGCAAGGACCGCAUCCAGAGACAGCUGGAGAUCACCGGGAGAACCACCACCAAUGAGGAGCUAGAAGACAUGUUGGAGAGUGGCAAACUGGCCAUUUUCACCGAUGAUAUCAAAAUGGACUCUCAGAUGACCAAGCAGGCUCUGAACGAGAUCGAGACCCGACACACCGAGAUUAUCAAGCUGGAAAACAGCAUCCGCGAGCUGCAUGACAUGUUUGUCGACAUGGCCAUGCUGGUCGAAAGCCAGGGAGAGAUGAUUGACAGAAUUGAGUACAACGUGGAACACUCCGUCGACUAUGUGGAGCGAGCCGUAUCCGACACCAAGAAGGCCGUCAAAUACCAGAGCCAGGCCCGCAAGAAGAAGAUCAUGAUCAUCAUCUGCUGCGUCAUCCUGGGCGUGGUCCUGGCGUCAACCAUCGGUGGCACGCUGGGCUUCUAAAAACUCCGCCGCCUGCCGCUGUGACGACCGACACCGACCGACCGUCUGACCGCCAGCAGAGAAAAAGAAACACCGACGACAACAACAACACAAAAACUUGAAACACAAAUGCAAGACAGAUAACCAAUCAGCUAGGAAGAGAUAAUCCAAUCACAGAUAAGAGGAAACACCGCGGGGUUGGGUGGGGUUCAAAAAACAAAGACAAAAAAAACACAAUAAAAACGCCAUCACAUAAUAGCUGACUUAAAUACAUAACAUAUACAAAAAGAGGGUACAAAUAAACCUACUAUUUAUUACAGAUGUACAUGUAAAUGUAUUGAACAUAUGAAGCAACACAUGGGUUAGCUACCUGUAAAAAAUUAUGACCUAUAAUAUGACAUUUACUUGUUUGUUUGUUUGUUUUGCCUUUUUUUCUUAUUUUUUAACAGUUUCUUUCGUUUUUCGGGAGUCUCCGGACAGUGAUGGUGACUGCUGCUGGGUGCGAGUUCUGCAGGAAGAGCAUUCCAGAGCCAACUUUUAAAUGUUUGUUCCUUUCUUACAUUUGUUUUCUGGAACUGAGCGCAGUCGACUCCGAGAAAGAAUAAUCUUUUCAGCUCCGUCAGAAAAUUCUGGAGCUCAAGAACUCUGCGCUGCAUUCCGGAACGGGAAGGUUCCGGAGCACAGACAGGAACAGAGUGAGGUUCCGGAAUGCUUUCAGUUACUGUUCCAGGAUGCUCUCAGUUGAUGUUCCGGGAAUGCCCUCAGUUUAGUUCCGGAAUGCUCUCAGUUGAUGUUCCGGAACGCAGUCCUGCAGGACGAGCACCCUCUGGCUUUGGUAGAACAAACUUUGUCCCCGUGUUUCUGGGAGGGAGGGACCGACCUCGCUGUUGGCUCAGCCACCUCUUUAGACCACCUCUUAUUGGUUGCUCACUCCUGUCAUUCACCUCAGUCAGCCUAUUAAAUUAGCUUAGACUGGCAAAGGCCGACCUGCCACACGCCAUUUAAAAACAUGACGAGGAAAGAGAAUGACGCGCCACCCACUGAGCUGUUUUUGUCAGCCACCUGAUUAGUUGGGAAAACACCAUGUGGGGAGGGGGAGGGGGGGGUGUAAUUGCAAUGUGGCAGGUUUCCACAACAACAACCUCCCCUUCUUGUCACACCUAUCCAACCAAAGAGCAGGGGAGGGAGGGCCUCUGUAGUUUUCCUGCUGAAUCCAAUUGGCCAGCGGCAAAGAACGUGACGUUUGACUGACAGGUGAACAGUGGGAAGGAAGGAGGGUAGGAGUAGGAGGGUUUAAAGUAGGGUGGGAGGAGACGGACAGUCAAUCUAUGCAGUUUAGAUAAGAGGAAGACGACUCGUCCCGCCUCCUCCACCCGAGAUAGCCAAUGAGGAUCGGGGGGCUCACCUUACCGCACCAAAAGGCUUGUCGCACUGAUCGCUGUAGAAAUAUUGUAGUCAAGGCCGGGUGUCAUCUCCAAGCUGUCACAACUGUUCUUCCGGAAGAUUCUAAAAAAUGAAGAGAACACAUUAAAAAGUAAAGAAGAAAUAAACUAAAACAUAACAAUAUAAAACUAACAAACAAGCUAGACAAUAAACGAGAUGGACAGAAAACGUAGAAAACUCUGAAGAUGCUGGCGUGCCCUGGUUACCCGAGUGUCGUGGUAAUAUUGUUGCUUUUUUGUUAAUUAAUGGGGAACGUUUGUUGCUUCGUUGUUCUGUGGUGCUGCUGUUUUAGUGCGUGCGUGACGUGUCCCGUGACGUAUCGGCCUGACAUCAUUUAGCGGUUACUGUUUAGUCUGUAUGGUUUGAUGCAUUUGCCUGUUUCCUCCCCGCAUCCCUCCAUCUCCUGCCUGAGUGUGUGUUUGGGGAUUGUGAUGUUUCAUUCUCACCAUUUAAAUGCCUGAGUUGCACAGGUGCUACUGAACAGAGGAUUUUCUCCAUGGAAGGUGGAACAUGUGACACACACACAUUUACAUACAUUCACAGCACAUGCAUGAACACCUCACAUAUACAUGUCACACUGAAAAUUCCUCCAAACUCUCCUGUGUUACACGUCCUGCCAGUGCUAGUGUUAGACUGGGUCGCUUAGCAUGCUGUAGCGUUAGCUCGUGUUGUGUGUAGAUGGUGUAGAAGCUGCUUUUUGGAGACUGAUCACAAGUUUUCUGCUCUUUUUUAAUGUUAGGCACUUUCCGUGUGUCCAGACCAAUGUUGGGGAAGGAAUGAAGUUCAUUUUUGACCUUGGAAAUUGUUUUACAAAAUAUUCUUAACUCAAGGUUCACUUGCUAGCUUUUUCCAGAGCGUAUAACUGCAUCUCACAGUCUUCAACAGUGGUUGGACUUCAAUUUGCCAAUGAUGGUUGAACGCUUUGGAAAGGGCCAGUAAGCUAGUAGCUAGUUAGUACGAUUAUUUCAUCAGACUGAUUACAUUUAAAGUAAAGCAUUUUGUGUUACCUUUUUACAAUCGUGUAGCAAUAUACAGAAAGUGAAUAACAACCAAUUUUUUGUUGUUGUUUUAAAAUGCAUUUACUGUAUAUUAGAUUGAAUUAGCAUUAGCAGUUAGCGUUAUGUCUGCACAAAAAUAGGACAGGACAGGAAAUAACAUGCUAAUUUGAAGUAAUCUGAGUAAUGUGUUCACCUCAAUGCUGUUCCAGAUUGAGCUAACAACGUUACAUUUCAAGACUAUAAAUGUUCUACUUUUGUUUCGUUAUUGUGGGUUGAGAAGUUAAACAAAUGUGUGUGUUGCCCCAAACUGGACACACGGGUGUGUUGAAUAUUACUACACAGUAUUGUGACUCUGGCUUUAGAUUGGGGGGGUUUUAAGGAGGAAGGUUUGUCUGCGUACGGGCUCUGUGAUAUGGAGGUUCCUCUGCCUCUGUUGAGGCCUACGCUGCACAAUCCUGCACUGUCACUGUCAGGGUAAUAACAACCACAAAUACUACCUUAAACUCCACAAAAUCAGUCUACACUACACUUGGUGUCAAAGCAAUAACGUCAGUUAUCUGUAGUAAAGUGUUAGCUAACUAGCUCACCGAGUCUAGAUUCUGCCCCCAAUUUAGGGGCUGUAGAGUUGCAGAGUUGUUUCAGCCUUUUGUUAAUAUUCUGUGAGAGUGGAAACCCUGUUUGCAUGGAUGUAAAACUCUCUUGACUGAAGCAUCAAUUUAAAAGAUUAACAACUGUGUAAGAGCAACUUUGCAUCUUUAUUGCUCUGAAAGGCUCCGACAAGAAGCUAACGUAAAGAGUUGUAUCAUUAGCAAACAAUCGAAGUCACAGCGAGACUGACCAUUUUUGUCCAACACAAUCACGUUAGCUGCUUUGUCGCGGAUACUUGUGGCUGCCAGAGCGAUAUGUAGACAUUAAGUAGUAAUUGCUUUGUUGAAUAAGUGUUUUCUCUGGAGUUGUAGUAGUAAGCGCUGUUAGUCGUAGAUGUCCGUGAUGCUGUGUAGUCGCUAGAUGAAACAAAGGGUGAGGAUUUUUAGUUUCAGGUUUGGAGAAGAGUGGAGGUGGGAGUUUUUAUUUUAUUAUUUGACUUCCCAAAACCAAAACUUAACUUCUGUGUUCACCAAAGCUUAGCAAACACCCCCCAACAAGGCAGCAAAAUCCAAUAGAUGUUUGUUCAAAUUGUCAGUAGAUUUAGAAUACUUUAGCACUUUUCUCUACUGUUGUGUUGUUCAUGGCUACAUUCUGUCUAAGUGGUUUCUAAGUGGUUUUCGCUGUUUUUAGUCUGUAAUACAAACACUGAAUCCGUCCACAAAUGGAUUAAAUCACGUUUGCCCCUGUAAACCAAAUCUAAGUAUGCUUAACUACAUUUCCCAGGUGUCUUUGGAGCUCUGCUUCUUUUUUGUAAUUUCUCCGGGACUCUAAACUGAUUUUCAAUAGAUUUUACCUUCACCAGUCACAGUGCUUCGUUCAUCACCUGCCAGUUACAUCAUAAAGUCAGCCACACAAUAUUUCAUUCAGUUACAUGUUUUCGAUGGUCGAUGGUUGUCACGGUCGUCGCGGUAGUCUUGCGAUGGUUCUGCGGUGGUGAUUGCGGUGGACAUAAAUCAGUGACGUGAGGAUGCCGUCGAAGCACCAGCCAGCUUGUUGAUACUGAUGUUUCUUUGUGUGUGUGUGUGUGUGUGUGUGUGUGUGUGUUUUCUGUAAAGUUCCUGUUCCUGUCUGGCAGCCAUCCUCUUGGGGGAAAAAAACAUGGACAAACACCACAAAACCAUAAAGGAAUAUGAUUACGACUUGAUGAAUUGGAAGUUUGUCCGAGUGUUUGGUCCCGUGUCCUGUUGUCUUCCCUCUUCCUGUUUGUGUUGUAGUUGUUUGGUUGUACAAAAAGACAAGGUUGAGGAUCGGGAGUCUGCCCCUUCCCUUCCCCAGCAGACCCCGCCCAUCCCGUUGUGUGUAAUAAUGAUAAUAAUAAUAAUAAAAAAGGCAUGCAAAAGCGUUGUGGAGUUUGCAUGAUGGUGUUUUUUGUACCCCACCCCCAACCUGCCCUCCAUGUCGUGCACUUUACCGCUCAUCGGACCUGUUUUUGGUUAGCAUGUCAGCUAACUACUUGACUCGUUCCUUCUUAAUCUGAAUUUUGUUAUUUAUUUUAAAGUUAAGCACAUGUUGGAGUUACACGUCAACACAUGCUUUGCUUGUAACAUUGUUGGAACAGUAACUGGAUUUUUAAGAGGAGUGGGUUGAUAUUUUAAUAUGAACCUGUUAAAGAUUACAUUUUAAAAUAUGCUGCCGUCAACUUUAGCCAUCCUCGCCCAGCCCCUGACAUCGUCCUCCAAACCUCCUGCUAGGUUAUACACUUCUGUUCUCAACUGAUCUCUGUUUGUUUGCUUCCACGGUUGCAUUCGUGUUGUGUUCUUGUGGAGGAAUCGUCCCCACGUUAAACCUUCGACCUGUGGGCUAACCUCCACCUCCACCCGGCCUUGUGUGUGUGCAGCAUGCCUCCCUUCCUCUUCAGUGAAACAAGAUUGGUGCAUAAAUGUACGAAUGCGUGUGUUGGUUUGUGUCGGAGCAGCACAAGUUUGUUUUGAUGUGCGAAGCGUCCACGGGUUGCAGCCAUUUGAUGAAUGCCACUUUUAUUUAAAAAAUUGUGACAGAUGGGAAGAGAUCAGACAUAUUUAUGGACACCAUGAUCACUGUUAUUAUUCUAUUUAUUAAAAUUCAAACCAAAGCGUUUUUUGCCCUCCCCUCAUGUGUUCUCGAAAAUGUUCGCCGCUAAUAUCAAAGAGCACAACGCGAGUCAAGUUUACACUGAUAUGUUCGUCACAAAUGGUGAAAAAAUAUAUAAUUAAAAAAACAACAAAUGCUACCGUAACUAUAAGAAACAAAAGCCCAGCCCCCCUGCCCACCACCAGCGUUCACUGCAUGUUGGUCUGUCCACCAAUCAAACCGACAAAGCUAUCCAAUCUCACACCACAACAACGAUGUCUGCCUCCACACCCCCUUUCCUUUCCUUUGCACCUGUAGAUGUUAGUUUGUGGUCUGGUUAGUGGAAAAAUAUGACGCAUAAUCAUCUGUGAAAAAAAUUAGCAUAUGUACGCUUCUCCUCCACUUGAGGCAUAUACGGAGACAACGGUGGUGCUUUCUUAUUCUAUUUAUGAAUUGCUGUUAUUUUUGUUAUUUUGGUGUCAUUUUCUGUACAGCUCGUUUUAUCAGUCUCUGUGUUCACACGACAGGAUUGCUAGCAAUCUCCCAUAAACCUACAGUGAGCAUUUUCCUGUGUGUGAGAAAAGACUGCAGCCUUGUCAACUCAAGUCACAUAUAUACGGAAGAAUAUAUAUAUAAAUCUUACAACAACAUACUACAUUUCUAUAACUGUAUGUGGCUCUGUAGCCAUUACUGCUUCGGUUGGCUGUGUACAGUUUUUGUCAGAGCGGGGUACAGAAAGCAGGAAAAAAUCAUCCGGAGAGAGUUUGGGUGCGACACCAAGACUCCAAAGAUUGACUUACCGUUAGCCGUUAGCCAUUAGCGUAACUGUGUGUGGGAGUAACUCGGCGUAUCGUUUCACACACGUAUUGGAAAAUAAUUUCUUGUAGUUUGAGUCACAUAAAACGUGUGUGGGCACAAUAUGCUCCGCAGUUAUUUCUGCAAAUUAAUUUUUCAGUGUGAACCAGCAGCACAACAUCUGCAGACGGGUGUCUGUCUUCCACGUUUGUACUCAACAGACACCGAGUUCAAAGACUGUGAGGAUUCAAGUUAGUCGUGCUUUUUUGUUCCUCCGUUUGUCGGACGAUUAAACUCUUCUCUACGAUGAUUUUUGUCUUCCUGAAACAAUUUUCAAAAACCAAAACCUGUUCAGUGCCCUGCUCUGGAUGAUGCUCAAAUGAAAAUGUUUGUUUGUUUGUUUGUUGUGGCUUCGAUCUGCUCUUGUCAGCAGUAGCUGCGACUCGAUAUUUAUUGUUUUCAGAUUUUUUAUGUGAGGCUCCACCUUUAUGUCUUUCUGCUCUCUUCAUCGUACGAGACAGUAUUUCAGUUUGUAUCAGUGUUUUUUUCCCUAGUGGGAAGGGUGGGAUGAGUCAGGGGGAGGGGCCAUGAAAAAUAGACCACGCCCACAUGGUCUCUGCCAUAGCAAGUAGGAAAGACACUUAAAUAACAUUGUUAUUAUCAUUAUUAUUGUUACUAUUGUUAUUAUUACCAUAAAUGACAAAUAAAAAUGCAGUAAAACAUUUGCAAAAACCCAGAAGGAGAACGAACGGCUUCACACAAAGUGAUCAAACUAAAAACUUCAAAAAAGGGAGGUUAUGACGAUUCUAUAAUAGCAAUGAUUUAAAGAAGUACAAAAGGAGUUAUGUUAUCAUAAAUAAUAGUAGUAAUAUUGAAUAUUGAAUGCUCGCAAUUUUGUCAAACUGAAACUGGAUUCUUUGUGUUAUGUAAUUAUUGUAAAUAACUUCAAAGAGAGAAAAAAUGACUUGCAUGUCUAUGUAUAAAUCUACUGAGAUAUCUAUUCCCGUCAAAGUUGACAAGCAGUUCGAUCUCUGUCCUUUUUUGCCCUCAAACAUCAACCCGUCCUCACCUCCACCCCUCCAACCUCCCAUCUCGGCGCUCCUUUUAAUAUUGAUUUGUGACUGAGAGAAGACGGAAGAGAGAAAGAGGAACGUAGCUUCCAGCGUCUUCGUCCGCCACGCUCAGUUCAGACGCUGUGUUUACACCAGCCUGCGGAAAUCUGCACACGUAGGAAGAAACGUAUGAUGUUGUGUCACUGAGAAGCACUGUUGUAGCUUUUCUCGCUCUUUGUUUCUGUCCAAUGGAAACAAAAAGACCUUGUGUGUCGGCAGGUAUUAGGACAAUUUUUUUGCCUUCGUGGUGUAAACGCAGGCACACCUCCGUCCAUCACCCCAGUUCCAGAGGCUCCGCCCACUGGCUCCUCUGAUGAAAGUGCUUCCCUCCAUAUUUGGAAAAUUAAAACCCCGCCUCCAGGGCUUUCCAGGCCACGCCCCCUGAUCACUAUGGAAGCCCUGUUAGCGGGUUUCCGAACUCUCUCUUUCUCUCUCUCUGUCUGGUUCUAUGUCUCUCAACCACAGCUCAGCUAGCCAAACUUACUUACCAAAACUUGGUCUCUUUACCUGCCUGUUUCCCCAGAAUGCACCCUGCACCCUGUCCUAAAAAAAUAUUAGUACCUAGAUAGUCUGCGCUAACGUUAACCUGCUAGACUGCUAACAGCUUGAUUGGCAUGAGCAGCUCUAAUACGGCGCCAAAUUUGAAUAAUGCGACAAAGAAAUGUCACAGUGCUGCGUUGCUUAUACCCAUCAAGUCAGUCGUAUACAAAGGAUACCACCUUUAAGAGUCCUUCUAGAAGCUAAAUGUUUGUCCAUUAGCUUGUGCGAAGCCUUUGUCUUUGUCCGUAAUUGGCUUUCAGAAACACAAGAUCUGACUUUUAACUGAUCUUCCUUGGUCCCAACCAAACCACAAUCUGACCCCGUCUGUGGAACCACGGAAAGAGCCGAGUCCCAAAAGCAUGUUAAAGCUUAACGUGAUCUUAGUCCCAUUGUAAGUCUAUGGGCUAAGACCAGUAGCUUUAACAUGCAUUGGAAAUUAUGCAGUUUAAAUUCACAUCAUGUGUCUCUGCGUCCGCUCAGCCCUCUUGACGUACCUCAAAAUGACACCACAGUCUUCCUUUUACGUGGAUCUCCAUCAUUCAGUCCUCAUCCGGUUCCUGGAGAAGGUUUUAGCUUCAGUUCCUCAAAGGUGUCAAAGCGCAAGAAGAAAGAGAAAAUUGAAUCUUGCAACAAACAGAUUAAGCUAAUUGUGGCUGUCUGAAAAGGAAACACGCUUACGGUUUUACCUGGUCAGACUUCCAGAAGUAGCUUAGGUUUGUGCAAAGGAAAUGCAGCAUUGACAGGUUUGAGGAAGGCGGUCCUCCCAGAGUCGCCACCUAACUAAUUUCGGGCCCAGUCUCUAGCCUCACACAGGCCUACCGUAACAAAGCGUGCAAUAUUCAGAGAAACAAGGGCUUUCUUUAUCAUGCAGAGGCGUUCGGGCCCGGGCCGAUGAGCUCGGACCUCCUGCAGGAACUCCAUUAACAAAAUCACCCAUUUUCAGACUCCUUGUGAGACCCAUUAGUUUCUGAGUGCACAUGGAUGAAUAAGAAAGAGGCUAUCUCGGGGGAAAGUGGCAGGUGAGAGACGCAAGGUUAGAAAAAAUAUUUCCAAAAUUUAAAAAAGACGAGAAGAGGACAGGGCCAUCGCUCUUCAAACGCAACUUUGACCGGAAAUGCAACUUGUGUCCCGUUUUUUUUGUGUGUGUGUAUGUGUGCGUAGCGUAAUGUAAAAGCGAUCUGUCCCCCCCCCUCCCCCUCUAAAAACAAAAUACCCCCCUAACCCUGUCCAUCCCCUACAACCCUGUCUCCCCCCUCUCUUACCCCUCUCUCGUACUGCUGUUGGCUGUUCUGUUUAGUUCAUGUGACGUGCCAGUAUUCCCCCUCCCCCUACUUUACCAAUUCCCCCCCCACACCCCCACUCUCUCCCCUCCUUCUCUCUCUCUUGCUCUCUCUCCUUCUCCUCCCCCCCCCUCUCUCUCUCUUCAUGGAUCUUUAAGAUGACAACUCUAUGCAGAUGCUGUCUUUUAUAAGUGUGUCAAAAUUUUAAUUUAAAAUAAAAACUUAAAAAAAACAAACCCUGACAGACAUAUUGAAAUGAUAACAAAAAAUGAAUAAAGAAAAGGAUUGUUCAGUGUA